AUGGGGGAAAAAAAUGGAGGCAGAGAGAUUCUGAGUGCAGAUAUGACUAGCGCUAUGGUGGACGAAAUGGAGGGAUGUGUACCUGCUUCUUUGAGUAGUAGGAUUCUCACUGAUGAACUUCACGGGAAAAGUAGGUUGGAAAAGAAACCUGGAAGUUCCUUCAUAUAUAUAGAACGAACAGUUAAAGAGUGUGAUCCCUAUGUCCAUGUCAUAUUAAAUUUUAAAAAACUAAAGUUAAAUAGCGAGGAGAGUUUUUCCCAAAUGGUACGUGAGAAUUGUGAAAGAAUAUUGGAUGACCUAGAAAAUGCAGAAAUUGGAAUAAGAUCAAUUAGUACCAAUAUAUGGAAGGCACUAUCUUGCCAAAGGAAUAAAAAUAAUAAAGGAAUAAAAGAAAAAAAAAAAGAAAAUGAAGAAUCAGGAAAAUUAUAUAACAUAUACGAGAAGAAAAGUAUUAUUGUGUGGGAAUUAGAUCUGUCAUAUAAUUUUUUUACAAAUCUCUCCAUUGAUAACAUUCUGUUUGUUCUUAUUCAAAAUAAAAUAAUUAACGAAAUGAGUAUUUUCAAUUUAAAUAAUUUAACAACAAUAAAUUUGCAAAAAAACAUGUUGACAACUUUCCCUCAUUGUAGCAAAUACAAAUUGAUGAAUUUGCUUCAUUUUUGUUUGUCACACAAUGAAAUUUGUAAAUUGGGGAACGUGGAUAUUUCACAAGAAUGCGAGAAAUAUGAGACAGAAUCAUGCGAGGAAAAUUUUGUUGAAAUGGAGACAAUUCCAAUAUACAAAAUUAAAACGGAGACAGCUACACUUGUUGGUGAUGAGAUGAAUUCCGAUGGUCGUUACGUCUACGUAGAAGGGAUAUUGAAUGAAUCAGCACCGAAUUUAACUCAUCUUUAUCUGCAAAAUAACAAAAUUAUGUCACUCCAAUUUCUUAAGUACCUACUCAAUGGGCAUAAAAACAUUUCUCACAUAAAUUUAAGUUUCAACAUGAUAAAAUCAUUUAAUUAUUUCCCUUUUUUGAAAAAUUUAAAAAAUUUCGAUUUAUCAUUUAAUACACAAUUGACAAUCUGUUAUAGUGGUGACGAGGUUGAGCGCAAAAGGAUAGAAGAACUUAUAAAGGAGCAUAAAUACAAUAUACCCAUGAGUAAUAAUUUUUUUAAUAUACCUAUACGUGACAGUAAAGAUUUGAAAUAUUGCAACACUUUUCUUAAAUUAAAAUUGUUUUCCCCCAAUUUACAAAAUGUUAAUUUGAAACAUACACCAUUAUUAUACAGUUUAAAAUGA